AUGAGCCCCCCAGAAACAUACGAUCCCGUUCAAUCUAAGGAUUUAGAUACCAUCUUCAACUAUGAUAGCUAUAGUGAUAGUGCACCAAUUGAAAAACAAUCCUUCUCAGAGCCAGCAAUAUAUGACCUUCCAUGGACCAAUGUUUCGAUUGAUCCUAUGAAGUCCUGGCUACCUCCCCCCCCUAACCGCGCUGAGGCUUGGUAUAUGGAUCCAGUAGAGCUUGCUGCUCGUAGAUAUGAAUGGAGGGGUGCUAAAGAAGAGGCAUCGAUGCUUCGUGCCAAGUUUCAACCUUUGAGUCUUCUUCAUCGAUGGGUUCUUCAAUGGCACAUCUGGGCGGAAAAACAGCAAGCAGCCAAAGAUCCUCCCAAGGAAACAAAAAUCAACUCUAGAUCUAUUUCCAAAGGAACAACAACGGCUGCCUCUCGAGUAAGCAGUUAUGAAAAGCCUAGGGUGAAGUUUAUCCAGUAUCCAGAGUGGGCGACAGAUACCAGUUUAAAAGUCGAUCAUUUGGGUUCUUCCUAUAUCAAUGAGCCACCUACGGUGAAAUUCAACUAUGCUCAAGGUUUGUCUAAUAAAAUCUCUCUCUCUACACCACAGGAGGAUCAAAACAGAAAGGGGAAACAUAACCAGAAAAGCGGCGGUCAGCCUUCUACACAGCCGACCAGUGCCCCCACAGCUCACCAUAGAAAGGUUGAACCUGAAGCGAUCAACAUUGUUGAUAUUCCACUAAAACCCUGCGUUCUUGAUACUGAACGUAUUAUCCCUCAAGUACUGAAAGAUCGAGUCUUUCAUGGCCAUUUCCCGAACGGUUUAGGAUCCCUAGAUACAGAUGAUAUAAAUAAGGAUAGUGAUGUGUCUGUUGCCUAUAGGACCCAUGCUAGGUGGGUUCUAAAUGGUAAUUUUAUGAGCGAUGACUCAGAAGACGAUGAUAUCACUGAGACAUCGGCUGCUCCUCAUAUAUUCCACGAACCACAAGGCUGCUCUUCGGAGGAAUUUAAAAAGCUGCUUCAACCAUCACCAGAUAUUUCUCAUGAUAGUGCUUGGAAUGACCCGUUUUUUCUUGAGGAUUCUGGUUCUUCGAACUUUUCUAUCAGUGAUAGCUCGCUCAUAUCAAAUGAUGGCGAAUUUCCUGUGAUCAGUGGUGAAGAACUCGAGAAAAUACUCGAGGAGGCAAAAGGAACAACUCAAUUCCACAAAUGGCAAAACGCACAUCCUUCUAUGCACCAAAAAGAGUUUAAGAAAUUGAUCAAUCUUCAUAGAUUUGCUACGGAGUCGGAAGCUAAGAACCAGAAGCGUUGGAGAUCCAAGGAAAAGAUGGAAAAAUCCGGAAAUACUAGAACGACUACUGAUUCUGGUUUCCUUGGCUCGUCGGAACCAUCUAGUCCCACAACCCUCGGCCAGGAUCCAUCAUUUUCAAGCAGUACGAGUAUGAAGCCAAAUUCUGAAAUUGAUGCUCUUGCUGAAAGCUAUCAUACAUAUGCUCAACCCGAUACUGUGGGGAUAAUGCCAAAAUCUAUCCCCAAGCAAGAUGAUUACACUUGUAUCACCCAUGAUGAUAUAAAAUUCUUGAGAGAACUCAAAAGAAAGUUUUCCGAGGGGGCACUUAUUCAUCAGACUUCAACAGAGCAGGAGUUUAUACCCCAGACCGAGGCAAUUCCCGUCAAGCCUCCUCAAAAGACUGUGCAGGAUAAUCUAUCUCUCCGUGAUGUUUUUAUGACUGCCAAACCUUUCCCUAGUAUCAGCUAUAGAAUUGACCAUGAAUAUACAAACAUGUUCUCCAGGUGUAACAAAGAUCAAGAGAAUAAUAACUUAGAGCAAUUACAGAAAGGCUAUGAUGGACCGGCACCAAAAAGGCAUCAUAUGACAACUCCAUUCGGGGAUGUUUCUUUCCAUCCUGGAUCCGCUGAUUAUCAUCCGUUCUUCCACACAACCAAAUCCUCAAUUUUCAAGAAAUUGGUCGUUAGUACGGGGAGGUUUUGGAACCUGGGGGCCAAUAUUUCUCUCAGUGGAUUUUGGGUUACGGAAAGAUUAUUCAUUACAGCGCUAAAUUUUCAUCCCUGGGCUCCCAGCACAGUGGUCCAGUCUUUUCAGGAUCAAAUUGAGGAUUUUGAGUCACGUAAUAACGGGAUCGAUAUUUUUGUCUCGAACGGCUACCUUAACUGGUCCAAUCCCAAUGAUGACCCAGAGGCUAUCAAAGUAAUUUUGAGAGCAUGGGAUAUUUCUGCAAGAAUAGCAAUCUUUGAGCCUGAAGACAAACAGAAAGUUGCGAAGGACUUUGUUGGAAUUGAUAUGUUAAUCGAAGAAGAUACAACACCUGUCUAUAGCGGGGCAAACAUUGCCACAAUCGGUUAUAACCCCAUGGAAGCAGCAAAGAAUGACCCAUUGGGGUUGAGGAUACUUAUUCCUGGUCAUAGAUCCGUUACGUUUGGCGAUAUUACAAUCUGUGGGGGUCUCCAUAAAAAUAGAACCAAAUCAUCUUCAGUCUUUGCUAGGCUAGACUCAGGAUUUUCCCAUGGUGCAUAUGGACGCAUGUGUGUGGUUAUCGAAAGAUCCAAAGAGUCGGGUUUUAUAAUUGGCAUUGUGAGCGGACAAUGUGAAGAACAGGGUCUUAAUCGGCCUGAGGCUCUGAGUGAUUUCGUUAGCACGUUCCCAAUCGGAUUCAAGGCCGAACUGAGAAGACUUUUGAAGUUCUGA